UGCAUUCGCCUCCACCGCUUGUCCUGCUGCCCCUUCCUGCCUGCCUCCUCCUCUCCUCUGGUGCCUAUCGCUGGCUGCCUCUCCCCUCCCUGCUUGUCGCUGCCUCUCCCCCGCGCUUGUCGUUGCCUCUCCCCACGUGCGUGUUGUUGCUUCUUCCUUCCCUGCAUGUCAUUGCCUCUCUCCUCCCUGCGUGUCAUUGCCUCUUCCCCGCGCCUGUUGUUGCCUCUCUCCUCCCUGUGUGUCGUUGCCUCUUGUUGCCUCUCUUCCUGGGUGUCGUUGCCUCUCUUCCUGGGUGUCGUUGCCUCUCUUCCUGGGUGUCGUUGCCUCUCUCCUCCCUGUGUGUCGUUGCCUCUUGUUGCCUCUCUUCCUGGGUGUCGUUGCCUCUCUUCCUGGGUGUCGUUGCCUCUCUUCCUGGGUGUCGUUGCCUCUCUCCUCCCUGGGUGUCGUUGCCUCUUCCCCGUGCCUGUCGUUGCCUCUCUCCUCCCUGGGUGUCGUUGCCUCUUCCCCGUGCCUGUCGUUGCCUCUGUCCUCCCUGCGUGUCGUUGCCUCUUCCCCGUGCCUGUUGUUGCCUCUCUCCCCCCUGGGUGUCGUUGUUGCCUCUCCCCACCCUGCUUCUCGUUGCCUCUCCCCUCCCUGCAUCUCGUUGCCUCUCCCCUCAGCACAGAGGAAAGGGUCCCCAAAUUAUGCAAGAACAGACAAAGUCAAUACUACAACAAUGGGUGCUUCUCCAGGAAAGAAUUGGACACCUCGAGAAACCUUUUCGGAUCUCCUUGGAAUUUACUGCUAGUGGGAAUAGAAGUGUAGCUGUCGUUGAUUCGUUUGCUAUGAAGAACUGCAGCACAGGCAAAGGCUCUCCUUCUGGCUCUAAAAUGGCUCUGCAGAGUUCCUUCAGCUGCUGGAAUGGAACUGUGAUCAAGUUGGGACAGGUGUGUGACUUCAUCAGAGACUGCACAGAGGGAGAGGAUGAGGGAGAGUUGUGCAAAAAACUUCCCUCUGGUUUCUACUGCUCCUUUGAAGAUGGUGACUGUGGCUGGACUCAAAGUUCAUCAGUCUCCCAAGAGGCUCAUCUGUGGCACAUUGGAAAUCCACAGCAUAACCACUUUUCUUCAAUGAAAGAAUAUGCACUUUUGCUUAAUACCAGUGAGACCCCAGUCACAGAAACAGUUGCGGUGACCAGUGCUGUGUUUCCAGCUCCAAUGAAAAACUCACCCUGUGAGCUUCGGAUGUCUUGGCUCCUCCACGGCAUCUUGCUUGGAGAUGUUUCCCUGGUCCUUGUUGAGAACAAGACAGGGAAGGAACAGGGAAGGAUACUCUGGCACUUUGAUAACAGAAAAGGACUGGGGGUCUGGCAGAAGAUGCUCAGGCCUCUCCCUGAUGUAUCAGACAGGUUUUGGCUUCAGAUUGUUACAUCCUGGAAAGCUGGAUCAGAAGCCAUCAUUGCUUUUGAUAAUGUGUCACUCAGCCUGGACUGUUACCUAACAAUCAAUGAAGAGAAGACAUCUCGAGACUAUAGUCCAGACGCAGGCAAUCUGCUCACUGAAAGAGGCAGGGGGGAAGGACAGAUUACAGAAAGGCCAACACAGGAUCCUGCACCGGUUGGCCUUGGAGAUCAUUGGCUAUUCGCCACUUGUGGUGCCAGUGGACCUCAAGGGCCCACCCAAACCCAAUGCAAUGAUGCCUAUAGGAACACCAACCUCAGUGUAGUGGUAGGGUCGGAGGAAAAUUUCGAAGGUGUACAGGUGUGGAGAGUGCCUGCAACCAAUACUUACAGCAUCUCGGGCUAUGGGGCAUCCGGUGGCAAAGGGAAGAACACUAUCAUGAGGUCGUAUGGCGUGACUGUGGUUGGGAUAUUUAAACUCCAGAAAAACGAUAACUUGUAUAUUUUGGUGGGGCAACAAGGAGAAGAUGCCUGUCCUAGUACUAACCAAGUCAUACAGAAAGUCUGCAUUGGAGAGAAUAAUGUGGUUGAAGAUGAAAUUAAAGCAAAUAAGAGUGUACAUGAAUGGGCUGGAGGUGGAGGUGGAGGUGGAGGAGCAACUUACAUAUUUAAGAUGGAGGAUGGAAAGCCAGUCCCCUUGAUCGUUGCAGCAGGAGGUGGUGGCAGGGCCUACAGGGCUAAAGCAAAUAUAUUUCACCAAGAAAGGCUGGAGAAUGACACAUCUGUUCCAGGGCUCAAUGGGAAACCAGGAGCUGCAGGUGGUGGAGGUGGCUGGAAUGAUAACACUUCCUUCCUCUGGUCGGGAAAAUCCUUGCUGGAAGGCGCUACCGGAGGAAAAUCCUGCCCCCAGGCCAUGAAGAAGUGGGGGUGGGAGACAAGAGGGGGUUUCGGAGGGGGUGGAGGGGGGUGCUCCUCAGGUGGAGGAGGCGGAGGAUAUAUAGGUGGCAAUGCAGCAGAACAUAAUGACCCAGAGAUGGAUGGAGAAGAUGGUGUGUCUUUUAUUAAUAACCAGUAUGGUUCAUUGUUUACCCCAGCAUUAAAAGUGACAGAUGGGCAUGGUGAAGUUGAAAUUAAGCUACAUGUGAACUGUAGCCACUGUGAUCAUGACAUAUGCCAUAUUGAUAUGAAGACACAGGACGUUAUUUGCAGUUGUGGUUUUGGAUAUGUGUUGGCUGAUGAUGGCAUCUCUUGUACAGCUGAACCAGUAGUGCCUAUGAAGAAUCCUUCCCUCUCCUUGGUUUUAUCUGUAGUGACAUCAGCCCUCGUUGCUGCUCUGAUUCUAGCCUUCUCUGGGAUUAUGAUAGUGUACCGCCGGAAGCACCAGGAACUGCAAGCUAUGCAGAUGGAGUUGCAGAGCCCUGAGUAUAAGCUGAGCAAGCUGCGCACCUCCACCAUUAUGACUGACUACAACCCCAAUUAUUGCUUUGCAGGGAAGACCACGUCCAUUAGUGACCUCAAAGAGGUGCCCCGGAAAAAUAUCUCUUUGAUAAGGGGUUUGGGUCACGGAGCCUUUGGGGAGGUGUACGAAGGCCAGGUGCUUGGGAUCCCCAGCGACCCCAGUCCCUUGCAAGUGGCUGUAAAAACUUUGCCAGAGGUUUGUUCGGAGCAAGAUGAGCUGGAUUUCCUCAUGGAAGCUCUUAUAAUCAGCAAGUUCAAUCAUCAGAAUAUUGUGCGCUGCAUUGGGGUGAGCUUGCAGGCUCUGCCACGCUUCAUUCUGCUAGAGCUCAUGGCUGGAGGAGACUUGAAAACUUUCCUGAGGGAGACACGGCCUAGGCCGAGUCAUCCCUCCUCUCUCAGCAUGCUGGACUUGCUACAUGUGGCUCGUGACAUUGCUUGUGGCUGUCAGUAUUUGGAAGAAAAUCAUUUCAUUCACAGAGACAUUGCUGCUCGAAAUUGCCUCCUUACAUGUAAAGGCCCAGGGAGAAUAGCUAAAAUUGGAGAUUUUGGGAUGGCCCGGGACAUAUACAGAGCCAGUUACUAUAGGAAAGGAGGGUGUGCAAUGCUGCCAGUCAAGUGGAUGCCACCUGAGGCCUUCAUGGAAGGGAUAUUCACAUCUAAAACAGAUACCUGGUCAUUUGGAGUGUUGCUGUGGGAAAUAUUCUCUCUUGGAUAUAUGCCCUAUCCCAGCAAAAGUAACCAGGAGGUCUUGGAGUUCGUAACAAGUGGAGGAAGGAUGGAUCCACCCAAAAACUGCCCUGGACCUGUAUAUCGGAUAAUGACUCAGUGCUGGCAACACCAGCCUGAAGACAGGCCAAACUUUGCCAUAAUACUGGAGAGGAUUGAAUACUGCACUCAGGAUCCUGAUGUAAUCAACACAGUUCUGCCAGUGGAAUAUGGCCCAUGCAUUGAAGAGGAAGAAAAGGUCCCAGUGCGCCCAGAAGACCCUGAAGCAAUUCCUCCUUUGCUUGUCUUGCCAAAGCAAGAGAAAAAAGGUGUUGAGCAGCUCCUGCCUUCUCCACCCUCCUUGCCCUUAGCCAUCGCAGCAGGAAAACCUCCGGUGAAAGCAGCUGGUAUUGAGCCAUCAGUCUGUGCUAACACAGAGUCCCCCCUUGAAGGGGGACAUGUCAACAUGGCAUACACUCAGUCCAAUCCCGCAACGGAGCUCCACAAAGGUAGGGGGUCAAGAAACAAGCCCACCAACCUCUGGAACCCAACCUAUGGCUCCUGGUUUUCAGAGAAGCCCAUUGUCAGAAACACUUCACAGAUGGAAAAAGAGGCAACUGAGAGGGAAGGUCCGGGGUAUGAAGGGAACUGUACUUUGGGGCCCAAUAUUGUGACUGGAAGGCUGCCAAGCUCCUCCCUGCUUCUAGAACCAUCAUCGCUGACAGCCAAUGUUAAGGAAGUGCCUCUGUUCAGGCUCCGCCAUUUCCCCUGCGGCAAUGUUAACUAUGGAUACCAGCAGCAGGGCUUGCCCUUGGAAACCUCAGCUCCACCCUUGUGCCAGCAGUUACGAGGGCCCUCCCCUUAGGAACAAGGCCAGCUCAACCACCAGGGGCCUGGAAAGCUUCCCAUCUUUGACUCUCUUCCCAUGGGGCUUGUGAGCCCUGGUGCAAGCGUCUGUGUCACUCAAACAGCAAGCACGAGAACAGAACAAGCUUCCCUUCUGCAAUGUGCCAAGUUGCUCUGAAAUGCCACCCUUGGAAGCUGUGUGUUUCAAACUCUCCAGAACCUUCAGUUUGUCAGAGCUCCCUCCUCUACACACAAAAGCAAAACACCGUAGGACAAUACUCAGUAUUAUCUGCAAGGCCCAACUCUCAGAUGCAUAAAAUGAUCUGCAUGGUUGUUCGCUAUGCCCUUCCCUGUGCCCUGCUUCCUUCUCCAUUGUUUAUGUGCCGUUUCAUCAUUCGCUGUCCAAGUGUUUAAUAUCUGGGGAUUCCCUUAUACUGCCAGGUGCAAUAUUAGGGAAUCCCUCUUCCUGCUAGAUAUUUGAAGAGAGGGUGGGGAAAUGUUGUGCUCACGCCAAAAGCCAAAAUCAGGUCAAUGGGGACUCCCAAACGGUGCAUACCCAAACAGCAAUUCCAGUUCUGUGUGGCCCUUCCACAAGCAGGCAAAUCAUGGUGCUACUCUGGAAGGGCAGCAGAAAUAUGCUUGCUCUCACUCCUUUUGUCUCCAUGAUGGAAAUUGCAGGAAUUUAAGGAAUAUGAUGAAAUUCAGUGGUUUACUUUGAUGAUGUGACGUUCUCUCCCCUCACUCUCUGUUGUGGAUCAAGCAGUGGCACCUAGCACUUAAUCUCCAAUGUGUAUUCACGUUGCUGAUGCUUAUGCCAAAUUCUAGAGGAUAAGUAGAUUAAGAUAGUAGGGGUCAGAUUGUUCAGUUGUGAAAUCACCUCUAUUUUGUGUCAAUUGUAUGGUACAAAAUUUAAACAAACAGAAAAGUAGUCAUGCAAUUGCGUUGGUGUGUGUCUGUCCAUCCCUGGUUUUUCGAGUGCAUGAGGAUAGUAAUGAUUUUUAUUUAUUAAUACAGUUACAUCAAUGUACAUGGCACUUUAGAAGCUGAGCCAAAUAUGCCUUAUGGAACAGCUGUGUUUUAGAAAGGGCCUUUUAGAACACUGUCAGUGGCCAACUCUCAAAGUCAUUGCUUAAACACACUGAAAAAUCCAGAAUUGAGCAUAUGAUUAAACAAUUACAUGCCAACUUCAGCACAUUCUCAGACUCACCCAACAUACCAUCAAUCCAUGUUUCAGCGUGCUUCAAAGCUUAUGUGAACGAAUCAUUAAUGUUAUCUGCGAUCUGAACGGAAAAAGUUUGCCAAAAUAUCCUGUUAUGAAGUAGGUCCCAGAACUGCUCUCAGAUGAACAUAACCAGUAGAAAGACAUUUAGACAGAGAUAGAGUUGGUAAAGCUGCUUGCAUGAACAUGGUGCCACAAAUUGGGAUACCCUGCCAUUGUGCAGUGCCAUGCAGACCACGGAGCACAAAAGGUUUCUCCACUUUGAGGCAAUUGAUCAUUCCCAUUGUUUAAUGAACUAAAUAGAUGUUGUAUACCAAAACAUGCUUUCACAUUUGUUCCCAUGAACAGCACAAAGGAGCAGGCAAGUCGGUUUGUGCCUCUUGUGUCUUUCACGAGCAUUUAACCCUUCUCCUGCUAAACAAAUGCAAAUGCAAGUCAGUGCAGAGUUGCACUCCAUGAAGCCCAUGGAUUUGCUUGGGGAUGAUGUAUAAAUGAAGAAGUGUGACCUUCCUCAGUGAUAGGCAAAGACAUCCACUUUCCACAGAUGCUGGUUUGCUGGAGGAGCAGUAAAUCAAUGGGGAAUGGCCCUGAAUCCUUAGCAGCAAAUUACAGUUGGAAAAUCUAAACAUGGAUCUCCAUUGCAUAAUAAUGUGUCUUGUUCCUAUCAUGGGACCACAAAGAACCUUGAAGUGCAACUCAAACAGGUAAAGGCUUGGGUCUACUUCCAGCCAACAUAGCCACUGAAGAUGUUGGUCUUUUGCUUAUAUUCAUAAAGCCAGAGUUUCAUGUUAAAUAAGCAUUCUUGCUCAAUGAAGCCCAGGCACGCUGUUUUGUGGUUACUGUGCUUGACAUUCCCACUUGCUCACAGCAGGGGGCAUGCUAUACCUCCUUGAAUUGCCUAAAGGGGUAAUUGAAAGUACAACUUGGCAUGCUGUAAGAUGCCUGAGUUUAAAGGAAUGCUCAGCUGCUGUAAUGAUUAAGAGACUGCAUUGUUCUUGCACCCCAUUGAUUGGCUUGUCCAUGUGCAUUGUUAACACGAUGGCACCCUGCAGGACCCUCACCCUGUCUGACCCACUAUUGGAAGAAAAGCAGUAGGCAAGUGCUUCAUCACAGCCAACUAGCUUGUUUUGUGUUACAGCCUUGGUAGAUUUCAGGGUUCAUGGAAAAUUUCCUGAAAAAGCAGCCUUUCCCCCCCUGAAGUAAAUAGUAUCCUCAGAAGCAUAGGGUGGUCUGUGUUUUAUGCUACUAAUUUAAAAAGCUUUCACACCUCAACAUUUAUAAGUUCUCCGAAUUCUCAGCAAUGGAGCUACUUAUGCAGGGUUUUUCAUUAUAGAAAUGAAAUGUUACAUCCUGCUACAUACCUAGCAUAGGUGUGGAAUAAAGGAUUUGAGUCACAAUGCCAUAGAAGGCAGCAUUGUAAUUAUACUAGGGAUAGUAAAUAGCUUAUCAAGGCAUCUGCUUUAUUAGCCCAGUGACAAAUGCAGACAAUAAUGGAGUCUUCAGUAUCACCAGAAAUAAAUGGGAAUAAGGGUGUUUGGCAGAGAAAUGUUUUGCUCCAUAAAUGACAACACCUAGGCAGAGGCUUUUUCCAUAACUUUAUCAUGAGAGGUGACAAGGAAUAUGAAACAGUGGAGGAACAUAUCACUGCUGUCUUCUAAAUGUAUUUCCCCUCACACAUACUGUUUGGUAUGGGACUCAGAUUGAGUCCAAAGUAUUAUAAUAUUGAAGCCCUUGGAAGUCUACAUAGAGAAUACACAGGUGAGUGCAAAAAGGGGUUUGUCAAGAAAGCCCAAUAAACAGAACCCUAGAUGGUGCUGGUGAUAGACUUUCAGUAAUGCCAAUGCAACAUCCCUUCAGCAUCUAUAUUUGCCCCAUUGUUUAUAGCACAAGAAAAUUAAUUAGCCAUGGCACCUGGAGAAAUGGAGCAAAAGCAAGAAAGCUCUGAGCAAAAAUAGCCUCCCAACAUUUUUUACUCUAUUUGGGGCUGGUAAAAGUGGGAGGGCUAAUUUUUUAAUAUUCUGGGGAGGGAGAUUGAAUUCCUAACUGUUGUGAAAGGGGGAGUGAUGAAAAAGCGGGAAAGUAUCAUUUCGUUCAUGGUGGAUGAAAAGCAAUGGGCUAAGAGAAGAGGCCUGGAAGGGCUAGAGAUCAAGCCCAUUGCUUCCUGCAAGUUUCACAGUUGCAAUCAAAAUUAUGCACCCUGGUCGCAGGUGGUGAAAUGGGGGGGGGGGGGUUCACUGAAUGUCCUGCAGAGAAGAUUAAAAUUUUUCCAACAGCUCAGCGGGAGUCUACAAAAGACAAUUCUCCACAAAAAUGUCAGAAAAGUGUUUUCUGAGAAAUUUUGGGCCAACUCUCAUCCGAGAAUGUACUUUCCUUCCUGUGAUAUUGGAAGUGUGGGCAGAGGCCCAUGUGCUCAAGUGUAAUACACAGUCGGUUGAUUUGAGUAGCCAAUGAGUGCAUCUUGCCCAACCCAGUGCAUGAGGACUCAAAAGCAAGUCUCACUCAAGUUUUCCUGGGACUCGCCUCAAAGUAUGCAUAGGAGUACAGCACCAUCUAAUGCAGCACCUAACACUUGUUUCCUUUCAUCCUAAUUCUGCGGAGGUUGAAAGUGAGAUCAUUUUGCUGAAGCACUUCCCAUGGUCAUUUUUCUGUGCAUGACUAGGUCCUGCUGCUGUAUGUUAAGAAUUUCCUUUUGCGUGUCUACUAUAGGUGAAGCCAUCAGAUAUGUCUAGCCUUGAGCAAGUACUACCUUUUCAAAUGUCCUUUCACAGCUACAUAACUCCACCCAUGGAUGUCUACUCUAACCAGAAGAUGUCUGAACCUUAUGUUCCCAGUCUCUCCUUCUGUAUCAAGGCUUUGUCAUUAGGAAUGUGUAUCACAUCUGUACAGAAGCUUAUGCAACAUUGCUCAUAAAUCAAGGGCCUAUGCAUUUCAGGGAUCCUUCUCAAGAUAAAAUGCUAAUAUAUGAUCAUUGUAUUUUGUAUUGUAUUUGUAUUGUAAUCAAGUGUAGUGAAGCUAAAGGCAUG